AGUGGUUGGCGUUAGGAAGAGUAUCCAGCUGUAGAAACUCUGCCAAAUCAGAUUGGAGCCUGGUGUUGCCAUCCGGUUUCACCAGUCCUCAGUCAAAUCGUCCAACCCAUGCUAGCAUGGAAAGCGGACGUUAAACGACGAUGAUGAUGAUAAUAUAUAUAUAUAUGAAAAAAUGAUAAACACAACAUGCAGUUUGUACAGUUGUUCCCUAUGCAUGUUUCGACAUUGUGGCAGUUUAUAUCCUCUGCUGUUCAUAGUGCAACUGAAUGCAGUUUCACAACAGUUCUUCAGAGGAACACUUUCAUCUGAAAUAACAGUGAUUUGCAUAUUCAUGUUAAAUUCUGCUGGAACAUAUUAAGAUGCACACAUCAGUAAAUAAUUUGCUAGCUGAAUUUAUAAACAAGAACCAGGAGCUCUUCUUAGAUUUAUUAAUCUGGAGAAGCAUUGACUGAGGAGACAGAACAAUGUCAAAACACCAGAUGUUCCAAAGAUCCUUUACACUAAUGAGCAAAGUGUAAUGAAUGCACAUUCAGCUGAAAGGAAAAGUUAUUCUCCAGUGAUGAAAUAUAACAGCAAUUAUCACAUUGAUGUCCCAAUCUGCCUGAAAUGUAUCGAGAAUGAAUACACGAGCCAGCAUUCCGAGUCUUGCUGUUCCCUGUGCAUACAAGCAGAUGAUUUGUUAAUUUCUACAACCGGUCCACACCUCUACUUCACCCGACCUCAUACCUGGAUGAAUUACCUCCCUUCAUGAAACAGUGCCACACUUUUAAUCACUUGGCUUUGACUCACCGGUGCCAUUAAUUGCACUUAAAUAACCAAUACUUUAUCACACUUCCCACACCAAGCUACCACCACCACUGCUACUACUACUACCACCUCUACAGCUUCUGCUACUACCACCAUCACCACAACUAUUACUACCACCACCACCACUAUUCUUACUGUACCACCACCACCACUACUACUACUACCACCACCACCACCACUACUAUUACCACUACCACCACUACAACUACUACCACCACCACCACUACAACUACUACCACUACUAUACCACCACCACUACAACUACCACCACCACUACUUCCACCACCACCACCACCACUACUACCACCACCACCACUACUACCACCACCACCACCACUACAACUACUACCACUACUACUACUACCACCACCACCACUACUAUUGUUUUAUUGUCACCACUACUACAAUGACAACCACCACUACUUCUAUUACUAUUAUCACCACUGCCACCACCACCACCACCACUACUACUGUUAGCUAGCUGGUUGGUACAUUACCUUUUGCUAUUAGCUCUAUUAACUAGCAAUUAGUAGCUAGCUAUCAACUAAACCAGUGGCUCACUUGCACUCACCUUCAUUGCUUCUGUCACCAGCAGAAACCCAAUGAGUCAGUCUCUAUGUGGAGGUUUUGCUUGCUAGAAAUAGUAGCCAAAAUCUCCAAAAUGAUACUCUUACCAUGUUAAAAAUAAGAUGGAAGGACACGUUAGACUAGCCAAUGUAGUUUUUGAUAUAUAAUAAGACAGGGAGGUCAUGGCCAGAGUGUUUUUGUUUUUUUUUUUUGCUCAUAGGGUUGAUCAUUAAGGACAGAGUUGAGGCUAAAUACAUGCCACACAAACAACAAUAACAACAACAACACCUACAAUCAUCAUCAUCAUCAUCAUCGUCAUUUAACGUCCGCUUUCCAUGCCAGCAUGGGUUGGACAAUUUGACUGAGGACUGGUGGAACCCGAAGGCUACACCAGGCUCCAAUCUGAUUUGGCAGAGUUUCUACAGCUGGAUGCCCUUCCUAAUGCCAACCACUCCGAGAGUGUAGUAGGUGCUUUUACGUGUCACCGGCACGAAGGCCAGUCAGGCGAUACUGGCAACAGCCACGCUCAAAUGGUGUUUUUUAACUGCCACCCGCACAAGAGCCAAUCUAGGGGCACUGGCAACGAUCUCGCUCGAAAGUCCUUACGUAUGCCACGGGCACAGGUGCCAUCCCGAUUUCACUUUCGCUUGCCCCAAUAAGUCUUCUCAAGCUGAGUUUCAUGUCCGAUGAAGAAGACGACGUUGGCAUGAGUGCCAGACGUCAAAUUUAACUCGAUUUCGAUAAUAACUAUCAUUAUUGGAAUCACUGCCAUGACCACCACCCUCUAUGCUAUCAUCACAACCACUGCUUCCCUAAGAUUACCACCACCUCCACAAGACUCCGCCACCACCACCACUACUGCAACUAUUGCCCGCUACUACCUACACUACAACGUCCUGAGACGAUCACCACUCCCAUUACUACUACUGCCACCAACACUGCAACUGUUGGCCACCACUAGCAUUACUACAACCACCACCCAAGACUAACAUCACUUUCAAAACUACUACCACCACCUCUACCACUACCAACACUACAACCAUCACUUCUUUCACAGACACUAGCCACCACUGCCAUAACUUACUAGUACUACUAAUACUACUACCACCAUAACCACCGCAAUCAACCGUCAUGACCAUCAACACCAUCUGUACUACUGUCAUUACUACAGCCCAACUUUAGUACCACCACCACUACCAUUCAGUGCUACCUUCAUUACUUUCAGUAUCAUCAUCAAAACAGCUACCAUUACAACUACUAUCUCUGUCACUAUCACCACUACCACUAUCACCACCACUACCACUAUCACCACCACCACCACUAUCACCACCACCACCAUCGCCACCACCACCGCUAACACAACUACCACCAACACCACUUUCAUCAUCACUGUCACAACCACCACCAAAACUGCAACCACCACUACCAUUACAACAGUCAUCACCUCUACGACUUUCACUAUCACCACCACAACCCCUGCUAUCACCAUCAGCACCACUAUCACAAACACCACCACCUCCACCGGCACCAUUAUUGUCAUUACCGUCACUACUACUACUACCAUCCAGUAGUACCACCACCACCACCACCGCCAGCUCUACCACUAUCACUACCACCCAGUACUACCACCACCACCAUUACACUGUGUUCCCCACCUAAUCAACAGUACCUUGACUGAGACAGUCACCUUAACAUUGUCAAGACAUGGAACAACGACGAAAGACCUGUGCAGAACUUUUCGAGGAAUGUGACUUGUCACAUCUGAUAACAGAGAAAUCCAACAGCAAGAAGGUACUGGACAGUGUCCGAAAUAGUGUCCAGUAUAUUCUCAAAUGCUUCUUUCAUUUCCUCACCUGCGGCUGUUGCUAUGCUGACAACAAGCAGUUUGGAUUCAUAGGAAAUCUUUAUGACCACGAGCCAUCAGAGAUGGAGAAGCAGGCCCUUGUGAAUCUGUUGCGUUACUUGGAGACAGAGGAAAGUCCGACCAUCGAGUUCCCACAUUUGAUCUCAUUACGUAUUCUCAUCUACUCGGAUAAUAUUGAACUACAAUUAUCAGCAGCCCUUUUUUAUUUGGAGAUUAGCGAAAGAAUUGAUGACUGCCCAACAAGUGUUACCCUAUCACCUCUCAUAGACUUAUUGCGGAGGAAAGAUGACCGACUCAACAGAAUCACAACACAGGCUCUAAGUAACUUCUUGAUGAGAAUGCCAGCUUGCAAGGCUGAAGUGUACCCCUGCCAACCAAUACCAGCUUUGAUUCCUUUAUUGGAAUCAAAGAACCAUGACACUCUCUGUAACACAAUUGCGAUUCUAACCAUCUUGACUACUACUAGUAAGAAUUUUUUCUUUGUUUUAUUUUGUUUAUAUAUACCGGAGUAAGCACAUGCAAUGUGCAACAAGGUGGAAAAAAGAGUAUUCAAAUACCAGAGGUAGAGUAAUAUGCUUUAUUUAAAAGCAGCAGAAAUAUAACAAAAGCUAUUACUCAGAGUUUCACGUUCCCGUUCAUUGGACAGUUUUGUUAAAAAAAAACAAAUUGAAAAGUGGA